CCACUGUCACCUUACACAACAGAAUGGCUAGUGAUACGACUCUAAGAGAAGGGGUACGUCAGCACCUGGCUACCUGGAUCAGGAAACUCGAAUGUGGUGGGGAUAUUGAAAAACAGCAUUUCUUUAAAACCAGGUUCAUCCAAUCAUUGAAAACAUCUCCAGUUGCCAUAGAAACGGACAAAGCCAACGAACAGCAUUAUGAAGUACCAACGGAAUUUUUCAAAACGGUACUUGGACCUCGCCUUAAGUACAGUGCAUGCUUGUGGGACGCCGGAACCAGUAAUCUUGAGGAAGCCGAGAAUAUUUCGCUGAAGGUCUACUGCGAGCGGGCACGUCUGGAGGACGGCCAUACCGUUAUGGAUCUAGGUUGCGGAUGGGGUUCCCUUGGGCUCUACAUUCUGGAAACAUUUCCCAAGUGUCACGUGACCUGCGUCUCGAACUCUAACACGCAGCGCAUUCAUAUCGAAAGCGAGGCUGAACGAAGGGGCGUGUCUGACCGACUGGAGUGUAUCACAGCGGAUGCGCGAUCGUUCACAACAGGGAAACGAUACGAUCGCAUUAUGUCUAUUGAGAUGUUUGAACACAUGAAGAACUACGAGAUUCUGAUGCAGCGUGUGUCGUCCUGGCUGAAGCCGUCCGGGAUGUUGUUCCUCCAGAUCCUGUGCCACAUCAAACAUCCCUACUCGUUCGACACAAAGCCGGGCUCAGAUACGGAAUGGAUGGCUAAGAAUUUCUUCAGCGGCGGAACAAUGCCGUCGGCUGACCUCUUCCUGUAUUUCCAGAGUAACGUAUGUCUUGUUGACCAAUGGAUAUGGAACGGUCAGAACUACUCUAAGACUCUGGAAGCUUGGCUGGUCAAGCUUGACCAGAACAUUGACACUGUCAAGUCCAUGUUCCGGUCAGUAUACGGACAGGAGGCUGAUCAACAGCUGUUUAACUGGCGACUCUUCUUCAUUUUCUGUUCCGAAGUUUUCGGCUACAGUAACGGAAAUCAGUGGCACGUGGCGCAAUACCUGUUUAAGCGUCAGGCGAAAAGCUCACUUUAGACCAAAGUCGCUGUUUUUAGACAUCGUUUGACGUUAUAUUUUUUAUCAAUCAAAAAUCAGCAAAUUCAUGAUUCGUUUAUUAGCAAUUAUAGUUAUAUUAAAAUCGGAUUAGCAUGAAGCCCAUGGAACGGGUACGGCGGCGACCAAAGUGUAAAAGCUAGAAGGAAAGACGGAGGUAACAUUGUUUGGCACUUAUUUUAGUGGUUCAGUGUACUUGGCUAGAUCAAAGAACUAUUUGCUGCCAAACCAGAAAAUAUUU